AUGUUGCUGCUCCCACUGCUCCUGGAGGUCAUCCUGCUGCGGCUGGGCAGCAGCUCCCACCCCUUCUACAAUGGCUUCUACUACAACAACAUCAUGAAUGACAAAGGCAACGGGCAGGAUAAAGAUUACUUCAAUGGGGCCAAACUAGUGGUGGAAACCCCCAGAGACCCCAUCUACAGUUCCAGUGGUGCCAACGUCACCCUGCCUUGCCACUACCGCUACGAGCCUGACCUGGAAGCCAAGCGCAAGAUCCGCAUCAAGUGGUCCAAGCUGCGAGACGACUACACCAAGGAGCAGGACGUGCUGGUGGCCAUUGGCAAGACCUCCGUGGCCUUUGGGGACUUCCGGGGUCGUGCUCAGCUGCUGCAGGCUGGCACGCGCCAGGCCUCGCUGGUGGUCAGUGACGUGCGCCUGCAGGAUGAUGGCAAAUACCGCUGUGAGGUCAUCGAUGGGCUGGAGGAUGAGAGCAGUGUGGUGGAGCUCCAGCUGCAAGGCAUCGUGUUCCCCUACCAGCCUCCCCACGGGCAGUACAGGCUCAACUUCCACGAAGCCGAGCGAGUGUGCCAGGAUCAAGGCGCCAUCCUCGCCACCUUCCACCAGCUCUUCCAGGCCUGGAGCGAGGGACUGGACUGGUGCAACGCAGGGUGGCUGGCGGACGGCACGGUGCAGUACCCCAUCCGCCUGCCCCGGAAGCCCUGCGGGGGGCUGCACCUCGCCCCGGGCAUCCGCAGCUACGGCCCCCGCCACCGACACCUGCACCGCUUCGAUGCCUUCUGCUUCUCCUCUGCGCUCAGAGGAGAGGUUUUCUACCUGGAGCGCCCCGAGGGGAUGACGCUGGAGGAGGCCAAGCAGAGCUGCCAGGACGCAGGGGCUGAGAUUGCCCGCGUGGGGCACCUCUACUCCGCCUGGAAGUUCCUGGGGCUGGACCGCUGCGAUGCUGGCUGGCUGGCAGAUGGCAGUGUCCGCUACCCCAUCAUCAAGCCCCGGGCCAACUGCGGCCCUGAAGAGCCUGGUGUCCGCAGCUUUGGUUUCCCCAGCAAGGGAAAGUUUGGGGUCUUCUGCUACAAGGAGAGAUAA